GUGACGUGCGUUGUCGAUAGUGACGUACGUGUGGUGUGUGGUGAGCAAACAAUUUUUUCUCACGCGAAAAGCUGCAUGUUGUUUGUUCUAUUGCUAAUCUAAUUCCAAAGAAAAUGCACUGAUACAUUUACAUACGUUGGCCUUUUAAUUAAAUUACUUACUGUGCCUAUACCCUUUGAGAUACUUUCGUCAUUGGAAGACUCAACGGUUACCAAAAUGAGUUUAGUAGGAAAAAAGUGCGAAUCAAUAACCCUAUUGGAAUCGAAUACAGAAGACGUAAUACCGAGUGAUAUUACUCCUGAAGAUGUUUUGAGGCUGGAUAGAAUCACUGACACAUAUCUGUGCAGCCCUGAGGCUAAUGUAUACGAUAUAGAUUUUACGAGAUUUAAGAUCCGUGAUCUAGAAAGUGGGACAGUGUUGUUCGAGAUAGCUAAACCGCCGACGGACUUCGGUGUGGACAGCGAGGGCGCCGAGGACGCUCCCGAGGAGCCCUUGGACCCGAAUGCAGGCAGAUUCGUGCGAUAUCAGUUCACUCCGCAAUUUUUGAAGUUGAAGACUGUUGGGGCUACUGUGGAGUUCACGGUGGGUUCGCGUCCUGUCAACCACUUCAGAAUGAUCGAGAAGCACUUCUUCAGAGACACCCUGCUGAAGACCUUUGACUUUGAGUUUGGCUUCUGCAUUCCAUUCUCUAGGAACACUUGUGAACACAUAUAUGAGUUUCCCACGCUGCCACCAGAUCUAGUUGAAGAGAUGAUUGCAGCACCAUUUGAGACAUGCUCGGACAGCUUCUACUUUGUGGACAACCAGCUGGUCAUGCAUAACAAGGCUGAUUACGCCUACAAUGGAGGUAUCAACAAUUAAAGGUGCACUGUAACAGACCAUAUUUUGUAAAUGUGUGGCCACUUGGCCGGUAACUAUGGGUGUCAUGCUUUAGCACAGGGGUAGACAAACAGUAGCUCACAAGCUUAAGGAAGCUUUGUAGGGUUCCAUACCAAAAAAGGUAAAAAGGAACCCUUGUAGAGUGAUUCUGUCCAUCUGUAAUAUGGCUAAAUAUCUCAGCACUUAUGCUAUCAUUUUGAAAUUUGGAAAAGUUAUAAAUUAGGCUAACCCAGAUGCAUUGAAACUGUAUUUAAAAAGCCCCAAAAAUUAGUAUUUAACUUUUUUAUUAUUUAAUAUUCUAGAUUUUUCGAAACGACCCCUGUCACCCCUGUACUAAAAUAUAGUAAGACGCCCAUAGUUGCCUAUGUUUACGUGUGUCGUAAUACAACACAAUAAAAUUAUUGCAAAAACAUUCAAAUGUUCGUGUUUACACAAACUUUUAAUGAUUGGCACUAAACUUUUUAACGCAUUGGAUUUUGUCCAAGACACAUAAUUUGCAAUUAAUAUUUUGAUAUUCCGGUAUAGAAUACAAGGAAUGUUUUUCUCACAUACACUAUGUGUAACAAAUGAUCUCAAAAUUUGUAUUUAUUUGUUUAUAAUUAUAUAAUGCUCUAAGCAAUUAUUGGUUUCAUAUUCAAGAACUGAAUAAAAAUAUCUUAAUCAUUUCAACAUUAAUGUGUUCAAUAUAAUGGUUUUAAAAUGGGUAUACAAAGUUGAAAUUUAUAAAA